AAGACUGAAAGUCUAAUUAAGUGAAAUAUCAGUUAGCGUUAGAUUAGCGUUAGCGUUAGACACGACUUUUUUAUGUUUGUUUUGUUUUGUAAGGCGAACUCUACAGCUCCCAGUGUUUGGGUCCUCAGAGCUGCAUAUGGAGUAGUUGGGUUGCAGAAGUUAGCUGAGACAGUAAAAUAAUUACGUUUAACUCAUAUCUGGCAUGAAUUUGGAUUAAUGUGAGCCAAGAAAGGAAAGUAACAAGCAAGUUGCCAUGACUGUAGUAAUUGGGUUUGAGGGCAGUGCCAAUAAGAUCGGCAUAGGAAUAAUCAGGGAUGGUGAAGUGCUGUCCAACCCUAGGCGGACCUACAUUACCCCUCCUGGUCAAGGCUUUCUGCCAAGUGACACAGCCAGACACCAUCGUGCUGUCAUACUGACUGUCCUGAAGGAGGCUCUGGAGCAAGCAGGGCUGAAGCCUGCAGACAUUGACUGCGUGGCUUACACCAAAGGUCCUGGAAUGGGUGCACCCUUGGUGACAGUGGCCCUUGUGGCUCGUACAGUCGCUCAGCUUUGGGGGAAGCCACUCCUCGGUGUCAACCACUGUAUUGGACACAUCGAGAUGGGUCGACUUAUCACCAAAGCCAACAACCCCACUGUGCUUUAUGUUAGUGGAGGGAACACACAGGUUAUCGCGUACUCUGAGCGGCGGUACAGAAUAUUUGGGGAGACCAUUGACAUCGCAGUAGGCAACUGUUUGGACAGGUUCGCCAGGGUUAUUAAGAUUUCCAAUGACCCCAGUCCAGGCUACAACAUAGAGCAGAUGGCCAAGAAGGGGCGUGAGUAUGUGGAGCUGCCAUAUACAGUAAAAGGAAUGGAUGUCUCAUUUUCCGGGAUUUUAUCCUACAUUGAGGAAGCUGCUCAUAAGAUGCUGAGCUCUGGUCAGUGUACAGCAGAGGACCUGUGUUUCUCACUGCAGGAGACUGUGUUCUCUAUGCUGGUGGAGAUCACAGAGAGAGCCAUGGCUCACUGCGGCUCCCAAGAGGUCCUCAUUGUUGGGGGAGUUGGCUGUAAUCUGCGUCUGCAGGAGAUGAUGGGGGUGAUGUGUAAGGAGAGAGGAGCCAAACUGUUUGCCACAGAUGAACGAUUCUGCAUAGACAACGGAGCAAUGAUUGCUCAAGCCGGCUGGGAGAUGUUUAGGUCUGGUCAUUUGACUGAGCUGGAAGACUCAUGGAUUACUCAAAGGUACAGAACAGAUGAAGUGGAAGUGACAUGGAGAGACUGAUUGAUGGACUAAGCAUCACCUUGGUGCUAAACAUGUUGUUGCAGCAGGUCUGUUAUGGGGUAAAUGUACAGAUGAACUACAGUCCUUUCUUGUGGUCUGUCGAGGUGGGGGAGAAAUUCCUGUUAAGAGCACAUUUUGUCCCUUCCUGCGCAUUAAGAGUUCUCUGGUGUUUAACACCAGAAACAAAGUUGAAUAAGGAGGUCAGAUUAUGCAAGAUUAGGACACUUUCAGUGUCAUUUUUAAAUUCAGAUGUCUGUACUACAUUAAAGUCUCCCAGUAUGAUUUGGUGUUACAGAUUUACAUUGUAUCCUGUUUUAUGUUCAGUUACAAAUUGCUAAUCCUAAGUUAUCAUGCACUUGUAUUUGCCAAGGAGAGAAACACUGACAAAUGUGAUUUCUUUUUUUGUACUUUUUGUCUCCGGUUUGUCACGCAAUAAUUCUGAAUUUAUGUUGAAAUAAAAAGAACUAAUAUGGGAA